ACGUUGGAAUUAUUCUUUGAGCUAUCUGAAGAGAGCGACUCAAUGCACCUGGGUCAGGCGGUCUGUGGGCAUGAAGUGGUUGGGAGAAUCCAAGAACAUGGUGGUGAAUGGCAGGAGGAGUGGAGGCAAGUUGUCUAAUGACCAUCAGCAGAGUCCAUCAAAAUUGCAGCACGCGGGGAAGGAGGCCACGAAGGCUGGCAAACACGCAGUUGAGAGGAGGUCGAGCAGAUGUAAUGGUAAUUCGGGAUUUGAAGGACAGAGUCGAUAUGUACCAUCUUCUGGAAUGUCUGCCAAGGAACUCUGUGAGAAUGAUGAUCUGGCGACCAGUUUGGUUCUUGAUCCCUAUUUAGGUUUUCAAACACACAAAAUGAAUACUAGCGCCUUUCCUUCGAGGAGCUCAAGGCAUUUUUCAAAAUCUGACAGUUUUCCUCACAACAACCCUGUGAGAUUUCGACCUAUUAAGGGAAGGCAAGAAGAACUAAAGGAAGUCAUUGAACGUUUUAAGAAAGAUGAACACUUGGAGAAAGCCUUCAAAUGUUUGACUUCAGGCGAAUGGGCACGGCAUUAUUUUCUCAACAAGAACAAAAUGCAGGAGAAAUUAUUCAAGGAACAUGUAUUUAUUUACUUGCGAAUGUUUGCAACUGACAGUGGAUUUGAAAUACUGCCUUGUAAUAGAUACUCGUCCGAACAAAAUGGAGCCAAAAUCGUUGCAACGAAAGAGUGGAAACGAAAUGACAAAAUAGAAUUACUGGUGGGUUGUAUUGCCGAACUUUCAGAAAUUGAGGAGAACAUGCUACUUAGACACGGAGAAAACGACUUCAGUGUCAUGUAUUCCACAAGGAAAAACUGUGCUCAGCUCUGGCUCGGCCCCGCCGCCUUUAUAAACCAUGAUUGCAGACCUAACUGCAAGUUUGUGUCGACUGGUCGAGAUACGGCGUGUGUGAAGGCCCUGAGAGACAUUGAGCCUGGAGAAGAGAUUUCUUGUUAUUACGGAGACGGGUUUUUUGGAGAAAAUAAUGAGUUCUGCGAGUGUUACACUUGCGAAAGACGGGGAACCGGUGCUUUUAAAUCCAGAGUGGGACUGCCUGCACCUGCUCCUGUUAUCAAUAGCAAAUAUGGACUCAGAGAGACAGAUAAACGCUUAAAUAGGCUUAAAAAGUUAGGUGACAGCAGCAAAAACUCAGACAGUCAAUCUGUCAGCUCUAACACUGAUGCAGAUACCACUCAGGAAAAAAACAAUGCAACUCCUAACCGAAAAUCUUCAGUUGGUGUGAAAAAGAACAGCAAGAGCAGAACAUUGACAAGGCAAUCUAUGUCAAGAAUUCCAGCUUCUUCCAACUCUACCUCAUCUAAGCUAACUCAUAUAAAUAAUUCCAGGGUACCAAAGAAACUGAAAAAGCCUGCAAAGCCUUUACUUUCCAAGAUAAAACUAAGAAAUCAUUGCAAGCGGCUGGAGCAAAAGAGUGCUUCAAGAAAACUCGAGAUGGGAAGCUUAGUACUCAAAGAGCCCAAAGUAGUUCUGUAUAAAAACUUACCCAUUAAAAAAGAGAAGGAGCCCGAGGGACCAGUUCAAGCCACAGCAGCUAGCGGGUGCUUAACUAGACACGCGGCGCGGGAGCACCGAGCGGGCUCCGGGCGCGGCCCGCCGUCGGGGGACGGCGCCCCCUGCACCUACACCACCAGGCGGUCGGCGCGGGCGAGGGUGACUCCGAGGGAGCCUUGUGACGGCCCGCAGGAGCCGAGCGCGUCGGACGGCUCUAAGAGCAGCUCGGCGGGACCUUGCCCCGACGGCGGCGAGCGGCCGGCUCCCGCGGCGCCGGAGGACGGCCUGGCUCCCGGGGCGGCACAAAAGCGGGAAGCCAAGUGUCAGAGGGGCGACAGCGGCCCGUCGAAGAAGAAGUCGCGGCAAGGGAAACUCGUGAGGCAGUUGGCGAGAGCCGAGGAGCCCGCCGCGGGGCAGGAGUGCCCCGGACAGGCGGGCGUGGCGCCCGAGGUGCUGGCGUCCCGCUGCGAGCCGGGCGAGCGCCGCGCCCCCGAGCCCGAGCCGGCGCCCGGCAGCUACGCGGACUGGGCUCCCUCGCCCGGCGGCGUUGGCGGCGGCGGCGGCGGCGGCGGGUCGGUCGUCACGUCCGACGGCUUCCGAACAAAAGACGGCUUCCGAACUGCAAAAAGUAAAAAGAAGAGGCGAAUCACGAGGUAUGACGCCCAGCUGAUCCUGGAGAAUAACUCUGGGAUUCCCAAAUUGACUCUUCGUCGGCGUCACGACAGCAGCAGCAAGACAAACGACCAAGAGAAUGACGGCACGAAUUCUUCAAAAAUAAGCAUCAAGUUAAGUAAAGACCACGAAAACGAUAACAAUCUGUAUGUAGCAAAGCUCAAUAAUGGGUUUAACUCAGGGUCGGGCAGCAGCUCCACGAAGCUCAAGAUCCAGCUGAAGCGGGACGAGGAGGGCCGGGGGCCGUGCUCGGAGGGGCUCCACGAGAACGGGCUGUGCUGCGGCGACCCGCUCUCGCUGCUGGAGUCCCGCGUGGAGGUGGACGACUACGGCCAGUACGAGGCGGGGAGCACGGAGGAGCCCUCCUCCUCCGAGGCCGACGCGGCGGACGAGGACUACGAGGAGGACUUCGAGGACGACUUCAUCCCUCUGCCCCCAGCCAAGCGCCUGCGGCUCAUAGUCGGCAAGGACUCCAUAGACAUUGACAUUUCUUCCCGGAGAAGGGAAGACCAGUCUCUGAGGCUCAACGCGUGAGCGCUCGGGCUCGGUCGGGCCUGGGGAACCCUCCUCUACAGAAAUAAAGACGAAUUCCAGUCAGUUAUUCCUCAGCCGAGAUGUUCUAGCGGCCGCGCCCCCUUCUCUCCCCACUUGGCAGCGUCAUACUGUAG